UUACAAUACUUUGAUGUGGUGAUGGAUAGAGAAUCAUAAAUUUAUUUGCAGGUUUUCAAGCCUUACUUUCUAUCUUCCAUCUUUCAUUAAGAAAAACAAUAUUUUGUUAAUACUACAAAAAAAAAAUGUUUUGUUAAUUUUCACAACUAAUUAUCUUUAUUUUUAAUUAAUUAUAAAGAAUUUAAUAUUAUGUAUUAUAAAUAAUUGAAGUCUUCUCACAGGAGACGACCUAGGACAACAUUGGCCAAAAAAACAGAGAUGAGCUUCAUUAAUUGUCUCGGUUUGAUCACUUGACUUGCUUCAUCAUCAGUUCUCUUUAUCUGUCUGAGAAGUUAGAGAAGUCGGCGACGACCAAAAGCGAAAGCGUCUAUUUGGGUAAUCUCCUUCUUUUUCUUAAUUUCUCUUAAUUUGUUCGAUAAUCUCCUAUAUAUUUUUAUACCUUAUUGAGAAUCAUUUCUGUCUUCUUUUUUUUAUUUAAUCAAUUUUAUUGUAUGCCAUAUAUCACAUUAAAGUAUUUAUAUAUUCAGUUGAUCUACCCCUUUAAUUUGUGAGUCUCCCUAUACAUUAAGGUAUUAAAGUUCGUACUAUUAUCUUUAUCUUAUUCACUUAAUUUGAUUCUAUAAUUAUCUACUUGGAUCAUUUAUUUCAGAGGCUUUUUUUUUUACCCUGAUCUAAUUUCAUGCUAUUUGUACCUCUUUGUUUUGAUCUACUGUAUGUGAUACGUGAAAUCAACGAAACGUCAAAUAAUGAUAAAUCUCUGCUCUUGAUCGAUGACUCCAGUACAGAGAAGUUGGAGACGGUGCGCGGCGACCAAAAGCGAAAGCGUUUGUUUGUUUGGGUCCGGAGCUGGAAGUCAAUUAAUUAAUUGUGAGAUGGAAAAAUCAACAAGUUAUGGUCAAGAAAUUCAACCAAAAGUGGCAACUACUGCCUUAGUCACAAAUGGAAAUCAAAAUCAUGCUGAAACUCAUCAAUUGGAUCAGAAAGUUGCAAACACUUUGAGUAGUGGAAAUGGAAAUCAACAUAUAGAGUUGGUAAUUAGCAUCAAAGAAAUGGUUGAAAGCAGCUUGGACCCUCCCUUAUCAUCAAACGAGUGUUGUAUCUACAGGAUUCCAAUUGAUCUUCUCAAACUGAAUGAAGAAGCCUACACUCCUCAGAUUAUAUCGAUAGGGCCUUUCCACCAUGGCAGCAAAAGAUUAGAACCCAUGGAAAAGUUGAAAUUGAAAUAUUUUAAGAGAUUCCUGCAGCGGAUUGACUUCAAUGUGGAGAUUUUAGUAAAUGAUAUAAAGCAGCAUGAAGAAAGUGUACGUGGUUGUUAUGCAGAAAGCAUCAAGCUUAGCAGUGACGCUUUCGUGAAACUAAUUUUGGUGGAUGGUUGCUUUCUUAUUGAGCUUUUCUACGAACUAAGGUUCCAAGGAGCAUAUAGUGUUAGUUGUGAGAACCUGUUAAAUCCCUUAUUGUUGGAAAGAAUUAUUUUGGACUUGAAGCUACUUGAAAACCAACUUCCUUUAUUUGCUCUUGAUAUAUUAUUCAGGCUUGCAUGUGCACCGGAUGAUGAUGAGCAUCCUUCCUUCACUUCGCUUGCAAUUAAGGCUUUUGAGGUCUAUAAUGAUUGGCAAUUUCCUGAAAAUCGUGAAGCGCAACAAAUUAGACACUUUGUUGAUUUGACCAAAACAUUUUUUGUUCCAUCAUCAAGCCAACUAUUGUCACCACAGGAAAGCAAUGAUCUUCCUAGUGCUGUUCAUUUAUAUACUGCAAGCCAAUUGUACAAGGCUGGAGUGAAGUUUAAGGUGAGUUCAAGCAAAUGUUUAUUUGACCUGAAAUUCACCAACGGAACAUUGGAAAUUCCAUACAUUGGUCUUGAUAAUACCACAGAGACUAUUUAUCGAAAUGUCAUAGCAUUUGAGCAAUGUCAUUAUCCAUGUGAUUCACAUUUUACAGACUACAUUGUGCUAUUAAAUUUAUUAAUCAACACUCCCAAAGACGUGGAAUUACUUAUUAGAAAAGGAAUCAUCAUGAAUGGGCUUAGCAACAACGAUGCAGUGGCAUCUCUUUUUAAUGAUCUAGGCACGAAUAUAUCAUAUGAUGGAUGGGAAUGUGCUUAUCGUGGUUUAUUUCGAGAUUUGAAUGCAUUCUAUAGUAACACUAAGCAUACUUGGAAGGCUACCUUGAAACGUGAUUAUUUCGGCACUCCUUGGAAAAUAGCUUCUACUACAGGUGUUAUUACCUUAUUGCUUCUCACUCUCGUACAAGCCAUAUGCUCCAUCAUCCAAGUUGUGAAGAUGUGAAGAAGCUUUGUGCAUGAAAUUCUGGAACACUUACAUGGGCUGGGGCUGAGAAUGGAGAAAAACAUGCAACAAGAGUGAAGGUCAUGCUAUCAACCUGAUGGAUUCGAAUGAAGUGAUUUGUGUGUCUUUGGUUCUUAUUAAAAUACAAUUUUAUAGCUUUGUUAUUAUUGAUACAGUUUGGAUAAUGGGCUUGCAUUUAUGAGAAUUUAUCUAUAUUUGCUCUCAUAA